AUGGGGAUGUGUUUCAGCAGUGUGAAGAACAGCAACCACGUGCUCUUCAGGGACUUCAACUACAUCAGAGCCACUCAGCACAACCGAGCGGCCUUCAUCAGAGUCUUCUGGAGGAGCUUCAGACAGAUCGGCAAGAGUGGAGACCUCCUGUCGGUGCUGGAGUACCGCUCUCUGCUGCAGUUACUGUGUCCGGACUUCCCACUGGAGGUGGUGCAGAGAGCAGCCAGGAUGGUUCUGAUGGACGACACCACUGACUGCCUGAUGUCGUUCUCGGACUUCAUUUAUGCCUUUCAGCUGCAGCUCUACUACCAAGAGUUCCUGGACGGUGUUCUGCUGAUCUACCAGGACCUGUUGGCAGGAAAGAGCCCCAACACCGUCUUUGUCCCCACGUCCACCCCUGUGGAGCAGCAGCUCCUGUCCGCGGCAGCGGAGGAGGAAAACGAGAAGGAGGAGCGGCAGCAGGACGGUGUGGAGUCAUGCGUGCUGUCUCAGGGCGUGGACACCCUCUGUGACCGGUUCAAGUACAGCCAUCCGUCCAGGACGUGCAUGAAGGAGAUCCUGGAGCAGACCGAUAAAGUCUCUUACUACAGUUUCCUCAUGAGUCUGAGUAAACACGAGAGCAUCAACCAAACCAUCGGAGCAUUACCGAGUAGAGCCGAGGUUCUCAUCGACCCUGAAAUGGACCAGGAACUGGACAAGCUAAUCGCUCAGAUCUCCGUGAGUCCCAGCAGCAACAGCAGCGGCAGCGCCGUCGGGGGGCUGAAGGAGGUGCCGAGGAGGGCGUCCCCCCGCAGGAACAUCCACCACCGGAGGAGGAUGGAGGUGGAGAGCGACGGCUCCACCGAAGAGACCGACUCCUCUGAAAACUGACCUCUGACCUCUGACCUGGCCCCUGGGCUUCAGUUCAGGUGUUCCUUCAUGCCUAAAUAUAGAUUGUUUAUUUAUUUAUUAAAA